UUACUCGCGAGUCGUGAGCAGGUCGCGUGAUCGAUUAUAAAUCUGAAGAGGAAGGCUGAUACUAAUAGGAGUAAUAUACAAGUAGACAACACACAUACGCUCGAUUGUCACUAUGGCUGCAACGCUUGAUAUGGCUUUUGUUAUGGACUGCACUGGCAGCAUGGCUUCCUACAUAAAUACAGCAAGAGAGAACAUUGAAAAAAUCGUUGAAGCACUUGUCGCAGAGGAGAGUAUUGAUGUUCGUUUGGCAUUGAUCGAAUACCGAGACCACCCUCCACAGGAUAAUACAUUCGUAACCAGAUACCACGACUUUACAAACACAGUUAGACAAAUGAAGAGUUGGCUACAGGAGUGUUCGGCACAGGGUGGUGGAGACACGCCAGAAGCUGUAGCAGACGGACUUAAUGAUCUUCUUAAACUGAACUGGCGACCUAGGUCUACAAAGAUAGCCAUCUUAAUAUCAGAUGCUCCGCCACACGGGCUGAAACAAUCUGGUGAUGGUUUCCCCAAUGGAUGUCCUGCAGGUCUUGAUCCACUAGCAGUUGUUCGAAAGCUUGCAGGAAUGAUGAUAACACUCUAUGUUGUGGGGUGUGAACCAGCUCUAGUGCCACACAAAGAGUUUUUCAUGGGAUUAGCUUAUGCUACUGGGGGUCAGUAUGUUCCACUGGCCGGAGCACAGGCACUGACUCAAAUUAUAAUUGGAGGAGCAAAAGAAGAGCUCUCUCUUGAUAAGUGGAUGGACGAAAUUAAUGAAGAAGUUAUGGAAGAGAUUACAAGUGAGGAGAAUUACGAUGAAGAGGAAAUUGCAUCUAAGAUCCAUUCCAAGAUGGCCGAAAAAGGUUACAAGGCGAAGAAGUUGACCAGAAACGCAAUGGGAAUGGGUCCAGUUAAUGACACAGUUAAAGCUAUUUCCAAAAUGUCCUCUCUGUCUGACGUGGCUUCAGCUCCAACAAGUGGUGCCGCCUGCGUCUCAGACGUUGCUCACACUGACGUCUAUGAGUGUGUUGAGGACACACUCGAUAUUUCACAGGUUCAGCGAAUGGUGAAGAAGUCCAUAGCUAGGAACAAAGAAUUAUUCACAGAAUAAUCUUCAGUUACAUGCCGGAAGUUAAUGAAUGGGUGCCUUGGAAAGCUAUCUUAAAGUGUAUUAUAAUGACAUACAAACAAUUACGUUAGUUAAAUAAACGGAAGCAAUGCAUGCACUGUUGAAUAAUAUAUCUGUACAGACAUUUGUGUACAUUUACAUUUUUUUAUUUAUAUAAAACACCAAUUCACAUUCGUCUGAAGUAGUUUUGAUCAAAGUACUAAAAUAAUAGAAAGAUUAUGAAAAGGAAAUGGGCAGCACUUAUUGUUUUAGAAAAGGUUAAUAUAUUUAGUAUAUUAAGAACUAUUUGCAUUAAAUUAGAUCUAAAACAUGUUGAAUGGGUGAGUUAGACCAGGGUGGAGAAAUAAUUUGAUAUUGCUUAAUUGUAUUUACGGAUUUUAGUGACCAUCCAUGCCCACCAUUGAUCCUGACUAGCGGGCUAUACAAAUGGUAGUGUAUUUUGUAUCUUUAUUCACAAAAUAAUGCUUACAAAUAAUAUGUAUAACGUACAGGCGCAUUCGUGUUAAUCUUUUAAUUUUUAGUUUACUUGUAAUAAAUGUUUACACCUAUUUUACAUGUAGAUGUAUAUUUA